GUGGAUAAACUGCUUAAUGGAGAAGGCACAUUGGAUGGUUGGUGGCGAGCUGAAAUGCCCCUCCUGUGGGGCCUGCUUAGGGAGCUAUGACUUAGUCGGCGCCGGAGAGGGUUCCCGGGGGCAGCUUGUAGCCGUGCGUCAGGGCGAGGAUUGGCCCGACCACCCCCCUUCACCAGCAUUUCGACCUCUAGGACGGCCAGUAUCAUCCGUGACCCCCUUUGAAGCCGGGGCUGGCCUGAGGCGGGACAGGAUGCCCAGGGGGCCUGGGGUGGCCCCGAGGCUCCAGGCCACGGCCGACAGUGACGAUGUUCCCGGGAGACUGAUGGAGGCUCUGUGUUUGGAGGCACCAUCCUCAUCCCGCCGGCAGUGGACUAGAAAGUGGCAGCGGUGGAAAGGCUCUCGGCCAAUAUGCGGCCUCCCUGCUUGCCCAGGAGCUGCCGAGAGAUGCCCCGGCAGAUCUUUUCACAGGAAGUCCCGGAGCUGGGAUCUAGAUGGUGGAACGAGGUGGUUUUUAUUGCCCGCACCCUCAGAGACCUGCGGGGCUCUCUGCCUGCAACCGGGUCACCUUCGGCAGUGGGGAGCCCAGCCUUCAGAGCCUCCUUGUGGCCUACAACUGAGCCCCAGUGGCAACGGUCACUGUUCCUUGUGGGGAUCGUCCAAGGUGGACAGCAGCAUGCCGUCGGAAAGGCUCUCAGGGGCUCCUUGUGGACCCCAAACUCCCAGAAUGGGAGAGCUUGAGUGGAGCUUUGAUGCUGCCAGGCGGCAUCCAGACGGCGGUCCAGUGGGGGAACUGCCCUUUCUGAUAGACGUCCCGUCCACUGGUGGGGCCGGGAGCUCCCUGCAGGAGGAAGUCAUCCCGGCCAGUGUCCUGAGGUCAGACGGGUGUCCCUUGGGGGCUAUGAGCCAGAGGCUGAGUAAGAGAGAUAAGAACAAGUGGAAGAGUCUGAGACGGAAGCGGCAGCGGCAGGAGAGUUGGCUUGAGAAGCAGACAUCGAAUGAGGACGCAAGCCUGGACGAAGACCACGAGUGCACGGAGGAAAAAGAGAGCUACAUGUGUGCAGUCUGCCUGGACGUCUACUUCAACCCCUACAUGUGCUCUCCUUGCCAGCACAUCUUCUGCGAGCCCUGCCUCCGGACCCUGGCCAAGGACAAUGCCACCAGCACACCCUGCCCUCUGUGCCGCACCAUCAUCAGCAGGGUCUUUUUCCAGACAGAUCUGAACAAUGCAACCAAAGCAGUCUUCCCAGAGGAGUAUUCAAAGAUCAAGCAGAGCUUUCAGAAGUCAAACUUAGCAAAAUGGCCACUCCCCAGCUGCCGGAAGACGUUUCAUCUGUUUGGAGAAUUCCCCGGGCAGGCAGACCCGAUCACGAGGAGACAGUUCCCGCAUGGGGCCCACCGGAUGGACUACUUGCACUUUGAGGAGGACGGCCGAGGCUGGAGGCUUGACAUGGACAUGGUCAUCAUCUACAUCUACUCCGUGAACUGGGCCCUUGGGUUCGUGGUCUUCUGUUUGCUCUGCUACUUCUUCUUUCCCUUCUAGGAUCCUGCCCGUCCCUGGGCAUGUGCGAGCAGCCAGCUAGAGCCAAGGGGUUGGAGGAGUGAGCUUUGACUUAAUGAGAGCCAUUUUGCCAUUGGGGCUGGGGUUUUUGUAGAGCAGAGAGCAAAGUGUGUCGUGGUUUACCAGGAAGGAGGAGAGAGAG